UGGAAAAAGAAAUAAGAUUAAGGACGCAUGUAUAUAAAUAAAUAGAUACUUGUAUCUUUUUAUUACUAUUAUUAUCUUCUUCUUCUUUGUUGUCUUCUUUAUAUAUAGUCAAGAAAAUGAAACGUAGAAAUUCAAUGGAUGAUAAUAGUAGCAGUAGCUGGUCUAUCUGUCAGUAUUAUUACUAUACACAUAAUAAUGAAAGUAGUGAUCAUGUUUCAUUAAAGUAUUCAGUAAAAAGUGAAUUACAACAAGAGCCUUUAUCCUCUAGAUCAUUAUCACAAAAACGAAGACGUUCAUACCCUUUGGCCAUAGUUGAUCUUCAAAGAAGUCUCCAAAGAACAGCUACUUUUCCAACAAGUAGUAGACAAAAGGGGAUAAAGAGACGUCUAACAUUAUCAGAUCUAUCCUCUCAAAAGAAUGAUCACAAUCUAAACGUAAUUUCAGCAAAUAGAACUGACAACAUUUUAAUGGGAGAUAAUAAUGGUCAUGAUGAUGAAAGAUGGGAUAUAAUUCCAUACUAUUUGCCUCAAUUAGAUAAUGAAAAAGUACAAGAAGAAGAAGGAGGAGGAGGAUUAUGUGAAAAGCAACAAGAUUCAAAAGAUGAAAUCCAUUCAUAUGAGCCUACUCAUAUUAGUAAUAAACUUAUAAAAACUAAAGAAAUCCAUUCACAACAGCAGCAACAACAACUUAGAGUGGUUAAUAAUACAGAUGAUGAUAAUAACAGUCAUAGACAUACAAUCAAUUCACCUAUCAUAGAAGACCUUAUCUCAUCAUCCACUCAUAUGCUUUCUGAUCAUCUUGAAGCUGGAACGAUAGAUGAUAGACAAGAGAAAGAUAACGAUUUACAUCCACACAUGGAUAUAGCUUUAUUUCUAUUUGGAUUCUUAUUUUUCCCUCUUUGGUGGAUAGGUGCAUGGCGAUAUUUAAGGAAAAAGACAAUGAAUAUAACAAAACAAGAUCAUUUAUUUUGUAUGUUGAACUGUUAUAUGACAAUGGUGAGUCUAAUCAUCACUGGUUUAAUCAUAGGUCUUGUUACUGCUUGGGCAUAGAAAGAAAGAAAAAAAAAUGUCUCUUCACAUGAUCGUGGGACAAUUUUUAUACGUG